CAUUCGUAAACCGUGGUUCACAAGUUCGCUACAUUUCGUACUUCGUACUCGUCGCUCAUCUGUCGUUCCGGUUCCAAGUAGUUGGCAACUGUUCCUACCAUAGACGCGCACCUCACGUCAGUCCUACCGGUCACGAAUCGGUCACAAAUAAUUUUCGUUGAACGAAGACCGUGUGUGCAGCUCCGUCCACCGUACUCAGUACCAUCACCAAACGUCUGUUAAGCAUCAGCCUGACUUCAAAAAUGCCCGUCAAAGUAGGAGAUGCCGUACCCAGCAUAGACUUGUAUGAAAACACACCUGCCACAAAAGUUAACAUUUCAGAAUUGUGCUGUGGAAAAACUGUUGUACUUUUCGCUGUUCCUGGAGCAUUCACUCCAGGCUGCUCAAAGACACAUUUACCCGGCUAUGUAAACACUGCUGACGACCUGAAAUGUAAAGGUGUAGAUGAGAUUGUCUGUGUUUCUGUGAAUGAUGCGUUUGUCAUGGCAGCUUGGGCUCAAGAUCAAAAAGCUGAGGGAAAAGUGCGUUUAUUAGCUGAUCCCAAUGCAGAACUCACAAAGGCUUUUGAUUUGGCUAUUGAUUUGCCACCAUUGGGUGGCACUCGUUCCAAGAGGUACUCAAUGUUAAUCAAAAAUGGUAAAGUGGAACAAUUAAAUGUUGAGCCAGAUAAUACUGGGUUGUCUUGUUCAUUAGCUAACAAAAUUGUUUUGUAAUCUUCUCAUUAUUUUAUUUUAUACAUUUAUUUUUAUGAAUCAUUUACUACAUAUAGUGCUUUAACAAGAUAAAUACUAAUUAUUUCGGUGCAAAAAUUAUAGAUUUAUAUUCUUUAAAAUUCAAA